AUGGCAAAAUUAGGGGAUUUGUGCCUCGAGAGAUAUCAAAGUCAAAAAGAAUGUUAUGCUUAUUUUAAUUGGAUCUUUAAUGAUAUUCGCUACUACUACUAUUUUAAUCAAUAUAAGACAUCUAAUUUCAGGAAUAAAAUUGAUGCAAUUCAUGAUCCUAUUUUAAGACAUAUUGCUAUACACCUGAUAGCAAAUUACGAUGAAGCUCAAAAAUAUUUUAGUGAAAAUGGAAAAUGGCAAAAUAAUUAUGCUUGUGAAUCGUUAAAUAAAUGGCUCGAUAAUAAAAAGAGUUAUUUCACGCAUGCACUUCAUUGUAAAGGAAAUGUUCAUUUGUGGGAUAAAACGAUUGAACCAUUAUGGAAUGAACUGGAAUCUCAUUAUAAAAAUAAUGGAAAGAGUGUAAACAAUAUAGAGAGUUUAAAUAAAUGGUGUGAAAGAUAUAAUUUAUUCAGAGGACAUCUUGAGCUACCAAAUGUAUUGAAUCCUAUAUGUUAUAAGCAUGUUCCUAAAGAUUAUAAAUGUGUUCGACCAUUUCCACCAACUAAAUGUUCAUUAUUCAAUACAUGCAAAACAGUAAAAACAUAUUAUGAAAAAUGUAAAUCUAAUGGAGAUGUAGGAAAUGUUUCUUAUUUACGUUCCUACUUUGCCCAACCUAUUGCUAAUGGAAAUUCAUUCUUUGAGGGAAUCCAGGAUGUUACAUUCUCACGUCAAGUGCAAAAUCAUUGCUGUUCUUCGUUAGAGUAUGCUGUUCCAAUUUCUGUAUGUCUUUCCUUUUUUGGAACACUCCUAAUUCUAUUUUUAUUUAAGAAAUAUACACCUCUUGGAACUAAAUUUUCAUAUAGAGGCAUAAAUAAAAAAAGGCUCAGAGAUAAUUUCAACGAAGAGCUAGAAUACGAAGAAAAUGCAAGAUCUAUGAUUGAAAAUACACAUAGCGCACCUAGAAUAAAUAAUAUAUAUUACCAAUCUGUGAGGAACUAA